AUGAUCGCGGCCGUCAGGGGGAACACCAUGGCCUCCAAGCAGCUCAUUCGGCGCAAAGCGGACCUCAACCGGGUCGAUAAGAAUGGGAACACGGCGUUGAUGCUGGCACUGGCGGCAGCUCAGCAGGACUUGGUGGCCUGGUUGCUCCAGGAGGAUGUAGACGUGGACAACAAGAAUCGCCUUGAGGAAACGGCCUACGACAUCGCUGCUGCGCAGGGCUUUAAUUCCUUGAAAAACACCAUCGUCAUGAUCUCGCGCAUCCGCGAGGAGGCGAAGCGCAAGGCAGCCCUGGCCGCAGCCGCUGCGGAGGCUGCGCGCUACUUCGAGGCGGACUGA